AUGACUACCCUUAUGCGUAACAACUCUGGAUUUGGGUGGGACCCAAUUACAAAGAAGUUCACGGCUAGUGAUGAAGCAUGGGAAAAUUACUUGAAGUCCCACCCAAGUCACAAGAAUCUUAAGACAAAAAGUGUUGCUAAUUAUGAUGAUUUAAAAAUUGUGGUUGGGGGUGCAACUGCUACUGGAAAUGGCUCACUUGCAUUAGGUGUCGAUGAUACUGAUGCAACAACUUUUAGGGAUGAGGACAACCUAAAUUUUGGGAUGUAA